CUCUCACUCACAGUUCUCUCCGCCUUCUCUGUCGAUUCUCUCGGAGUCCUCAAUUUCUCCGAACGAGAAAUGGCAAAUCAGAGUGAAGAUCCUGCUAUUCCAACUGCUCAAAUAGUGGGCAAUGCCUUUAUACAACAAUACUAUUUGACUCUACAUAAAUCUCCUGAUAUGGUUCACAAAUUUUACACUGAUGAUAGCGUCCUUAGCCGUCCUGGGCCUGAUGGUGUGAUGACAUCAGUGACGACAAUGCAAGGAAUUAGUGAGAUGAUUCUCUCGUUGGACUACCAGAACUAUCAUGCACAAAUUUUGUCAGCUGAUGCUCAGUUUUCUUAUAAGGAUGGGGUGAUUGUUCUAGUGACUGGGUGUUUAACUGGAAACAACAAUGAGAAAAGGAAAUUUACUCAAUCUUUCUUUCUAGCCCCUCAAGACAAGGUGGCCAAAAGUUACUUUGUCUUGAAUGAUGUUUUUAGGUACAUUGAUGAUGUGGCAAAUAAUGAUGCCGAUGGAAGCUCUCAAACACCUCUAACACCAGUUGUUGAGUCGACUAAUGCUGCUGAUCAGCCUGUGCUGAGUGAAACCACAUCUGUGGAAAUUGAGGUAGAGGUGGAGGUGGCUACUGGUAACGAUGAGAGUCAAGUUAUCCCGCCAGUGGACCACGAGAAGGAAAGAAUUACUGAGAAAGUUGUGGUUGCUGCAGAAAAUGGCCAUGUUGAUCCUGCUGAAAAUUCAGUUGACUUAAGUCAGAGUGCGGCUCAUUCCGUCUCUGAGACAACUACUUCUACUCUCCAGGAAGAUGCUCCUAAGAAGUCCUUUGCGUCAGUGGUGAAUGCCUUGAACAAAAAUUCUGCCCCAUUUCAUGUGAGGGCUCCCCAACCUAAACCCGCUAAACUUGUAGAGCAGCCUCGAGCACCCGUGGUACCUGUGCCACCAGCUCCCGCAGCCAAUGGUGCCCCGGAAAAGAACAAUGAUCCUGCAGUUAAGGCUUAUGCCAUUUUUGUUGCAAAUCUUCCCAUGAUUGCAACUGUUGAAGAACUUGAUAAGCUUUUCAAGCAAUUUGGUCCCAUCAAGCAUGAUGGAAUUCAAGUUAGGAGCAAUAAGCAACAGGGAACAUGCUUUGGUUUUGUGGAAUUUGAAUCCGCAAGUUCUAUGCAAAGUGCACUUGAGGCAUCACCAAUUGUGUUCGGCAACCGCAAAUUGUCCAUUGAAGAAAGACGAGCAAACAACGAUAGAGCGAAGCUCUCAUCAGGAAGAAGCGGUUACCGCAAUGACAAUUUCCGGGGAAGCCGUGGAAACUACAGUGGGAACCGUGGUUAUGGAAGGAAUGAGUUCGAGAAGCGUGGCGAGUUCUCGGGCCGAGCUAGGGGGAAUGGCAAUGGUGGACGCAACGGAGAAGCUCACCAGAGGCCUAUUCAAAACUGGGGAGAGAGAGUUGCCCAGCAAGAAGCCAAGGUGGCUUAAUUGGGUUGCUUUGCAACAAGAUUUUAUUUUUUUAUUUUUUAUUUUUCGAAUUUCUACUUGAGUUUUUGGUAAUCGGUGGCGGCAUUUUUAGGAUCUUGAUUUUUUUUUUUUUUUUGGUUUUAACUCUUUAUUAUCUAUUUUUGGGCUUCAAGUUGUUAGUAUCUCUACUCUUCAGCUAUUUUGUUUUUCGUCCUACCCCGAAUCCUCCCUUUCUUCUGGCUUAUGAUGAUGGGAAAGAAAUCCGACCCUUUUUUUGUUUUUUAACACUAUUAUUAUUAUAAUUGAUCUUUCAAUAAUUAAAUUAGAUAAGGGUCAUAAUGUUUGCUUUAAUUGCGUGACUUCUCUCUUCUCC